CACAGACCCAGAUUCAGCCAGGACAGCCGGGGGAAUCUGUAGGAAGAACUGCUGUUGAAUUAAUUUGCCAUGGAAGGGUAGAAUUCAGACAAGGCUUCCAGUGUUGGUCCACUGCAGCUGAGUUGAGCUUUAAAGGUCGCUUGGCACUAAGUGUUUUGUGAGUGAAUGUGCUCUUCACAACAAGCAACCCUGGGCAGGCCAGAGACGGUAGUGUGGCAGGAAUGACUUGCUAAAUUCAGAAGGCACUCUGGCUAACAGCUACCUGCAUUUCUGUGGUCUUCAUCUGUUAUACUGAAGAUUAACUGGCAAGUGAUUGCGGGCAGCUGCUUUCCACUUAAGAAGAAGAAAAAACUCUCUGACCUUUAUCUUUGGAAAUGAGGACAAAUGGCAAGGCAGUUGAGGCUGCAUUUUGCAGCUGAAAGGAGUCACACGGAUCCGUUAUUAGAGACCCUUGGAGAUGGCUGGUAUAAAGAAGAUACUCGCAUGUACACCCAAAGUCCUGAGUCGAAUGCUGCCCCUUACGUUGUUGAAAUGAAGCGGAAUCCCAAUCAAAUGCAGGAAGAAAACAAACUGCCGGUUUCAUCCCGAAAACCCAAGCGGAGCGCUUCGCUGAAGAUUUCCUUGCAGACUUCUAGAGGCAAUGGAUGUUUGCAGCCCGUGGCCUUGGAAGACCAUACUUCCCUGGUCAGCCUAAGGAAGAAAGGGGACUGUUGUAACAGGAAUGCAACUGUCAGUCAGUCUCACCAGCUAACAAAUGGCAGCGGUCUGGCCGAUACGGCAGCGUUUGGUGGGGUUCCUAGCAGUUUCUCAGCCAGUGACAAAGGAGCCUACAGCAGUGCAGGGAGUGACUACGGGUCAUGCACAAGUACCACAAGUGAUGGCGGGUCCUAUAGCAGUAGCAUCAUCAGUGACAGCAGUAGCUGCCCCUUUUCUGCUGGAGAUGCCUGUCUUUUUUCUGGUAACAUGGUCUCUAGCAGCUCUGCAGGUCGAAGCACCAACCGCAAAUCCUCUACUCCCCACAGGAGCAGCACUGCACAGAAUAGUGUAAGCGGAAAUAUUUUUGACCAAGAAGACCCAGAACAAGCUGAGAGGGCAACAAAACUGCCAUCAGCGAGAGAGACAAAUGUUUCCUUACGACGCUGCUCAUCUCUGGUCAUUUUCCCAAGGAGUCCUUCAGAUACCCCACCAAUGUCUCCAACGUCUCCUCCGCCAACUCGGCGACCCUCUCAAGUGUCUCAUAGUGAGCAGGUGCAAAGUGAAGACAAGGCCGUGUCCGGAGGGUCCCUCUCUACUGUAGUCAAUGGAUUUCGGCUUUCUAAAGGUUCUUGUUUUCCUAAUGAAAGUAGGGAUGUUAGGCAACUGCAUUUGAAUAGCUCGCUGUGGGAGAGAACCUGCUGUGAGCAAGGCACCUGUGAGGAAAUACCAAAUGGAGGUUCUUGUAUUUCAUUUCACCUCUCCCAUGGAGCACGAGCACCGAAGGGUGACACCGUGUCCUCUUCCAGCGGACCCUCCAUAGCAGCCUACCCUAAUCGAAGAGUCAGACAUACGGCAUCUGCUUGUUUGCCCUCGAAUUUGGAGGAUCAUGCUAGCAUAGGAACUGAAGAAAGAUCAUCUGCAUGGAGGAGCAAGCCCCAUCAUGGCCUACAGAGGAGCCUCUCACUGGGAUCAUCCCAGCCUUCAUUUCUAUCCAGUUUUAAAUACAGUUCCAAGGCAGGAACGUCACAUUUACACAUACAGUUUGGAUCUGAGAGAGAGGGGAAGCCUAGUGGAGUUCAAAGGAGUACUUUGAGGAAACCUCUUGAGACGAGAGAUGAUUUUCUUGGCCAAGUAGAUGUGCCUCUCUGUCAACUGCCGACAGAGAAUCCAACUACUGAGAGACCAUAUACGUUUAAGGAUUUUCUUCUUCAUCCAAGGAGCCAUAAAUCCAGAGUGAAGGGGCAUCUCAGGUUAAAAAUGACCUACAUACCUAAAAACAAUGGAUCUGAGGAAGAUGGCACAGAACAGGCAGAAGAGCUAGAGCCUGGCUGGAUUUUAUUGGACCAACCUGAUGCUUCUUGCCAGUUGCGGGAGCCAGAGUCUUCUCUACCCGCAGGCUGGGAAGAGAGGCAGGAUGUCCUUGGCAGGACCUACUUUGUCAACCAUGAAUCGAGAAGGACACAGUGGAAAAGACCAACCGCUCAGGACAACGGACCCGAUUCAGAGACUGGCAACAUUCAGCUGGAAGUGCAGCAUGCUUUUGCUCGCCGGCAUCAAAUAACCGAGGAGGCGGAGAAUCUGGACCACAGAGAAUCUCCUGAGAGUUGGGAGAUCAUCACAGAAGAUGAAGCAACUAUGUACAGCAACCAGACUCCCCAAGUCACUGUGCAACACAAUUCUGAGGCAGAGAACGGCCUUACAGAAGAACUGAGCACAGAGCUUACGACCUCUGGGAGUUCCACUGCUGCCCAAGCAGCUUCCUGCACUAGUGAUUUAAGCAGAAGAAGUAACCCUCAGUCGUACCAAGCUGAAGAACAACCAGCUCUUCCUGUUUUACUGCCUACUUCAUCUGGACUGCCUCCAGGCUGGGAAGUAAGGCAAGAUGACAAAGGAAGGCCGUAUUAUAUAGACCACAAUUCCCAGACUACCACCUGGAAGAAGCCAGCUGUACAGAUUGGGGUGGAUGUGGGUCAGCAGGCCACGGCUGCACAUUCUUCCUCCAGACAACAGUUGGCAUCAGAUGACUCACCGCAGCAGCCUUCGUUCCAGAAACCCCCAGAAGCUGAUCUAGGACUUCUCCCAAAAGGCUGGGAAGUUCGUAACGCUCCAAAUGGGAGGCCUUUCUUUAUUGACCACAAUACCAAAACAACAACGUGGGAUGACCCCAGAAUCAGAAUUCCUGCUCAUAUGAGAAGAAGGACCUCUUUGGACCCUGCAGACCUUAGCCCUUUACCACCUGGCUGGGAAGAACGAAUACAUACAGAUGGAAGAACAUUCUACAUAAACCACAAUACCAAGAAAACUCAGUGGGAAGACCCUCGCUUGCAGAAUGUUGCAAUUGCUGGACCAGCUGUGCCUUAUUCCAGAGACUAUAAAAGAAAGUAUGAAUUCUUCAGAAAGAAGUUAAAAAAGCAAGGUGAUAUUCCAAGUAAGUUUGAAAUGAAACUUCACCGUGCCACAAUCUUCGAAGACUCCUACAGAAGAAUUAGUGCUGUAAAGAAGCCAGAGUAUCUCAAAGCCAGGCUAUGGAUUGAAUUUGAUGGUGAAAAGGGUUUGGACUAUGGAGGGGUCGCCAGGGAGUGGUUCUUCUUCAUCUCCAAGGAAAUGUUUAACCCAUACUACGGAUUGUUUGAAUAUUCUGCCACGGAUAACUAUACUCUCCAGAUUAAUCCAAACUCCGGCAUGUGCAAUGAAGACCAUCUUUCAUACUUCAAGUUCAUCGGCCGCGUGGCAGGGAUGGCCGUCUACCAUGGAAAGCUCUUAGAUGGUUUCUUUAUUCGCCCUUUUUACAAAAUGAUGCUUCAAAAGCCAAUAAUUCUUCAUGAUAUGGAAUCUGUGGACAGUGAAUACUACAGUUCUCUGAGGUGGAUUCUUGAAAACGAUCCCAAGGAGCUGGACCUCCGAUUCACAGUUGAUGAAGAACUUUUUGGGCAGACUCAUCAACAUGAAUUGAAACCUGGAGGGUCAGAUGUGGUGGUCACAAACAAGAACAAGCAAGAGUAUAUUUAUCUUGUAAUACAGUGGAGAUUUGUGAACAGGAUCAGGAAACAAAUGGCUGCCUUCAAAGAGGGUUUUUUCGAACUAAUACCACAAGAUCUCAUCACAAUCUUCGAUGAAAAUGAGUUGGAGUUACUGAUGUGUGGCCUGGGAGAUGUAGAUGUGAAUGACUGGAGGGAACACACAAAGUACAAAAACGGCUACAGUGCAAAUCACAUAGUUAUUCAAUGGUUUUGGAAGGCUGUGCUGCUGAUGGACUCUGAAAAAAGAAUCCGACUCCUUCAGUUUGUGACAGGCACGUCCCGCGUACCUAUGAAUGGAUUUGCUGAACUAUACGGUUCAAAUGGACCACAGUUGUUCACCAUUGAGUACUGGGGCAGCCCUGACAAACUGCCGAGAGCUCAUACUUGUUUUAACCGCUUGGAUUUGCCUCCAUAUGAAUCUUUUGAAGACUUGUGGGACAAGCUUCACUUUGCAAUUGAAAAUGCUCAGGGGUUUGAUGGCGUUGACUGAGCCCCAGGAGAGGAGGGUGACAAUGCUGUACUUCUUUUCUGUGCUGCAAUUUGAGAGUUUACAAGCAAAACAAAUAUUCCAGGGACUCUGUUGCUGCAUUUGAAUGGCAACUGAAUCUUUAUGGUAUCCUCUUGUUUUUU